GUGGCCUGGAAGUGCUGAAGAUACCAUCCCUGUGAGGCGGCAUCACACAUCUUGCCAGGAACAGGGACAGCGGUUGUGGAUAAGCUAGCCUCAAGGUCUCCCUGACGCCUUGAUUUCCGGGAUCGUGAUCGGAAUGAAGGGCGCGAAAAAAGGUUCCCUGCUGCUGGUCGGCAUCUUUGCACUCUGGUCAUGCCACGCUGCGGUGGACCCCUGCUCCGAGCAGUGCCCAAUCCUGGGACAAGACUUUGUCACCUCCCAGUCCAAGACGGUGGCGCUGACGUUUGAUGAUGCGCCUGAUGCCACCAACACGCCUCGCACGCUGGACGCCCUGACAGCCGCCGGUGUCAAAGCAACCUUCUUCAUCAACACCAACAACAUGUGGAAUGUGGCCAGCAACACACAAGCACAGGCUAUGGUGCGGCGGAUACGGGACGAGGGUCACACGAUCGGCUCUCACACAGUGGACCACGCCACGCUGGACAACCUGGACACCACACGCAUUGAGUAUGAGCUGGGCGGCCUGGAGGGAACGCUGGGAGACCUGGGCAUCGCCGCACCAAGGAUCUUCCGGGCGCCGCACGGGACCCCUUUCCAGUAUUCCAACGAUGCGGAUAUUCCGCGGGUGGCGUCCGUGGUGAGGCGUCAUGCGGUCGUGAUCGGGUGGACGUUUGGAGGCAGCAGCCAGCUGGACUGGGACUGCGACACCAGCGUGCAGUGCGUACUCAACAACUACCUCUCCUACUUCUCCGGGGGGUCCUCUGGCAUCCCCCUCAUGCACGCCGUGCGCGGCGGCACCGCCGGUGCGGUUCCGCAGCUGCUGGCGGCAGGCAAGGCGGCGGGCAUCAACUUUGUGUCCGUGAACGAUUUUGUGCGGGAGAAAUACGGCAUGUCCCCAGAAGACGUUGUCUCGCGCGUCAACAGCAACUGCUCAAACAUCGUCUACAGCGGAGCUGCCUCCUCUGUUGCCUCUUCUGGCAACGGGGGAAACGGCGGCCAGAACGGCGGUGGCGGUGGCGGCCGCCGGGGCGGACCGGGGGGCCCCGGCAACCCGGGGGGUCCCGGUGGUCCGGGCGGCCCUGGCGGACCAGGGGGUCCGGGGGGCCCUGGGGGAAUAGCCAGCUAAGCAGAGGCAAAGCAUGCGCCUGCGCACAUGCCACCGGGGGGUGUUGCGAGGUACAAAGAGCAGAGCAUGUGCCAUGCGCCUGGCAGGUACCUAUUUGCAAAUGCUGAAUCCCGCUUGAGUGAUGCAUUUAAACAAGGAGCGUCCCAAGCUGUUCCAUGCUGCUGAAUAUGCAGAGAAUGGAGCAGGCCAAGUGAGGGUGUUGAGCUGGGAGACUAGCUCAAGUGAUCCUCACAAGAAUGCACAUAAGAACUCAUAUGAGCAGCCCAAAGCCAGAACUACUGGAAUCGCCUGGAAACUGAAGUAUUGCACUGAAGUAGCAAUGUGAACUGUCAUUUCAUUCCUUUAUGGUGAACUGCUGAGAGAGACAUGUGCCCACAGUAGUGUUUUUGAAGAAUUUGUACGAAAUACAGCUGAAGCUUGCUCUCUGGCAUUGACCUAGAGCAAGAGUCACUGUGCUGCAAGGUGACCAACAAGGAGAUUUUUUGUGAGAUUGCUGUGCAACACAGCUUUGGCACAGCUUUGAGGAGGCUAGGGGCAAGCUUGCGCAAUGCAUGCAGCCAAGCUUGGUCUAGUGUAUGCCCCAUCACAAGACUUG